CACUCACUCGAUAACCCUAACUUCAAAAACCCUAGCCACCCUCACUUAUAUACUCCUUCACCACCGAAAUCAACUCCCUUCGAGAGAGAGGAGGACGCGGCAAAAAUGGUGUCAGGAUCAGGAGUCUGCGCGAAGGUGGUAGUGGUGGACGCGAGACACCACAUGCUUGGGCGUUUGGCAUCUAUCAUUGCCAAGGAGCUCCUGAACGGCCAGAAAGUUGUGGUUGUUAGGUGCGAGGAGAUAUGUAUGUCCGGUGGGCUUGUGAGACAGAAGAUGAAGUACUUGAGGUUUCUCCGUAAGCGCAUGAACACCAAGCCUUCUCAUGGUCCCAUCCACUUCCGCGCUCCUGCUAAGAUCUUCUGGCGCACCGUUCGUGGAAUGAUACCACACAAGACUAAGAAAGGGGAAGCAGCACUUGCAAGAUUGAAGGCUUAUGAGGGAAUCCCACCUCCAUAUGACAAGAAGAAGAGGAUGGUUAUCCCUGAUGCUCUUAAGGUGUUGAGGCUUCAGAAGGGUCACAAGUAUUGCUUGUUGGGCAAACUGUCAUCUGAGGUUGGAUGGAACCACUAUGACACCAUCAGGGAGCUGGAGGAGAAGAGGAAGGAGAGGUCCCAGGUUAGAUAUGAAAGGAAGAAACAGCUCAACAAACUCAGGGCAAAGGCAGAGGUAACUGCAGAAGAAAAACUUGGUCCCCAAGUAGAUAUCCUUGCACCUGUUAAGUACUGAAUUCCAAGGCUCUAGCUAGUUCACAAUUUUGUUGGGGAUUCUGUUUUUAUGGAUCCCAGAGUGUUAUUUUUUGUUUAAAAAGCUUGAAUCUGUUUAAACUCGAGUGGUUAUUUAGUUUCUACUCAUUAAGAUGUUGAAUGAUUUAGAUAAUUUCAAAUUCCUUUGUUUGCCAUUGGA